CGAUUACUUUUGAGCCACUUAGUUAUGGCGGCCCCCAGUGCCAACGUGAAACGCUAUUCCUCUCUUCGAGAGAUUUAGAGUUUAGAAUCAAAUUGGGUCUAAAGUUUGGUGUUUAUUAAGUUAGUAUUUGACUAUCGUACUUAGUGAGCAGACAUGAAGGCCGAAAAGAAGGUUAUUGAGCAGAAUGUAACUACGGAAAACCGGGCGAAGGUUCGCAAUGUUCCUCGCCAUGUUCUGGACGCAUUUGAGAAUUUGGUCCCUGAUGAUCCUGCCGGCCAGGCAAAAGCUUCAGUUGUCAUUUUAAAACACGCUGAUCAGCUUUUGGCUACUCAGUCCGGUUAUAUCGUUCCCGAAGAUGUAUUGUAUAUUGUCAAGCGACUUGUCAGUGGGUUGGUUUCUCACCGACAAAGAGUUCGAGAAGGUUUCUGUUCAACAUUACAAGCUCUCCUGCAGCUCCAUCCCACCACCGUGUCUUUGACAUACAAAACUAUUCAAGAACUUUGUGGAAAGAAACAGAAUCUGUCAAAGGAGGAGACAAGAGACUUUCUCACUGGAGAACUUAUUGGAUAUGGUGCCCUUAUACGGUCAGGCCAUGUUAAGAACAAUGUUGCCAUGAGACAAGACAUUAUCAAUAGACUGUUUACAAUAAGGGAAAAGAAACAGUACUAUGAUAUCAUUGUUGCCAACUAUUUUGUGCACAUGAUGGAAAAGUUCACCAAGUCUGUUAUUCAACAAGAAAUUCUAACGUCGUUGUACCAGGAACUAUCAGUACCUUUAAAGGACUUGACCCCAAGUAGGCUGUGGUUAAGACUUGUCAUUCUCAGAAAAUUCCCUGAGAAUGCGCCCGAAACGUUUGCUGACACCCUCUUACCCAAAAACUAUACCACUAUUGCGGCCAUUAUUGUAAAAACUGCUAUCAACAUGCCCAAUGUUCAUCCUUGCUUAAGUGAAACAAUAUCAAGCCUAGCUCUACCCAAGAAGAAUGAAAAGGAGUCACAAGUAGUCCAGUUUUGGCAGAAAGGACUAGCACCUUAUUUGAAAGCACCUACUACAAAUUGUUUACAACUUCUUUUUAAUGGGUUACAGCUUGUACUGUUGAAGUUGAAGACAGCAGAAGAAAUUUGUCAAGUGUGUGAUGAAGCCGUGAUCACCCACCUCUUAAAUGUGAUGUCUCUUCAUGACAAGAAUUUAAGUGCGUCUGCACGUGGUGUUGGAUCAGCUCUUUUGCAGCUGGCAACAACCAAUUAUGAGGAGGAUAAUCGGAUUCAGUUGGCCAUAGCAAAAGUCCUCAUUAAAAAACCAGGCAGUGUCCGAUUUGAUCAGCUAACGGGAACUAAGCUGCUCAGUCAGAUGAGGUUACAUUUUACUCCAGAUACAAUCAUCAACAUAGCCAAAAUCCUUCGGAAAACUAUUACCAGUACAUCUAGUGAUGUUCGAUUAAGCAAUAAAAUUGGCAGUGCUUUUUUCCUCGGGAAACUUGUGUCACAACCCAGGAUGAAUGUCCCUGAAUAUGAAAAGUGGAAAAAGAAACAGAUUCUCCUGCUGAUGUCAGAGGCUCUCCUGAAACCCGAUUCUAAGCAGAGUUCAGCGGAAUAUCAGGAUAUAUUCUUUAAAUGCCUUUGUUCUCAAAUGUCCCGGAUCAAGGAAUACAAAGCUUUACUUCAGUAUCUUUAUGAAGAAGCAAGCAAGGCUAUACAAGAAUCAAAGGAAUCUGAAACACCUUUAUUAUUCCCAAAUGCACUACUGGUAUGGGAUAAGGUCAGCACUAGAUUAACAGAACUACAGGAGAAUGACAAUCUUCCACAAGUUGCAUCUGAAGUUUUUCAGGUGCUGUAUACACAAAUGGCAUUAUACCUCCUGGUGUCAAAAGAAGCAAAAGACAUUAUUGGCGAGAUUGAUCAGUGUUUCAAGGAAGCUCAGAAAGAGAAGAGGAAACCUGUGGUGUGCAGUAAAGAAAGCACCAUGUAUCAGCCAACAUGGGUUGAUAAGGUUGUGGAAUUACUGUUGAGUUUCCUGCCACACGAAAACCACCUUUUCAGAUUGGUGUCCCAAGGAAUAUUCUGGUUGGUGUGCCCACUGAUGACUCCUGGAGCUCUGUUGAGUAUUGUAGAUGUUCUUGAUCCAGCAAAGCAGGAUGAUUUAUUGAAACUGGAAGAUGAAGAUGAGGGUGCUAAUGAUGACGAAGAUGGUGAUGAUGAUGAUGAUGAUGAUGAGGGAGAAGAAGAUGAAGAAGGUGAUAAUGAAGAGGAAGAAGAAGAAGAAGAGGAAGUUUCAGACAAAGAAGAGGAGGAAGGUGGGGAAGAUGAGGCAGAACUGGGAACAGGAGAUGAGGAAGAAGACAUGGAAGUUGAAGGAGAGUGGUCUGAUGAAGAAGAAGAAGAGAGUGGAAAUGAAGAUGAUGAGCAAUUCAUUAAAUUAAAAACGGAAAUGCUGAGACUGGCAGGGAAUUUGGAUGAUGAUGUUGAUAUUGAUAGUGUUUCUCAAGAAGAGUUAGAUACUGUCGAUAACAAGCUUGGUGCACUUGUAGGUGAAUACUUGAAGCUAAAGAAGAAGAAAAGUCAGAGAUUUAGUGGUCUUCACAAAUUACAAGCAGAUGAAAGACUGCUGAUGCACUUUAGAUCACGGGUUUGUGACUUAUUAGAGCUGUAUGUGAAGGAAACUCCCAAUAUGUGUAUGGGGCUAAGCCUGGUGAAUCCUCUAAUAGCAGUUAUUUUAAGUUUCGACCAGGAUAGGAACCGCCAUGAGGAGUUGCUACAUAGAAUAAAGAGUCUUCUUCUGAUGCUGGGGCGAAUACAAAAAUUUUCAAGCAAUGGUGAAGCUACCAUUGAAUUUGUUGUCGAGGAGUGCAAUACUUUCUUCAGCUUAGUAUUGAAAAUGCGUGAUGAAUACAACCCAGUGAUACGUGGUUGCUAUAAUCUUUUCCUGCGAUGUGGAUCCCAACUCUUGGGAGAGGAAGUGCACGAUUCAAGUAACAUGUUAAUGCAGAGCUAUUUGUCCCAUCUUCGAGAAAUAUUCACUCAAAACAAAACAAAUAUGAGAAUUGUAACCUUUACUGACAUAUGUCUCACUGACUGUGGAGCGCUUUGGAGUGUAGCAGACCUUAUGAAAGAAUUCAGUUUUAGUGGAAAACUCAAGUCUUUCUGGCAGACUCAGGCGAUGCAGAUUUUAAACAAGUUAUAUCGAAAUAAAACCCUGAUGUCCAGAAUAGACCCAGAAACCAUUACAGAAUGGGAAAAAGACCUAUCAGCAAAACUUUGUCAGAUGCUAGGCCCAUCUUCCUCGCUUGUAUCGCUGAGAGGUCAAUACUUGGCUGAAAUCUUUGGACUUCUUUUCCAGAUUCGAAAGAAUGUGUCAUCAAGGAAGGUAGCAGGUGGCAUGAACUGGGAAGAAAUAGGAUCUGUACUUGUGCCUUUAAGACAUCGUUUAUCCAGUAAGACUUACAAAAUUUGUCGAGGGCCUUACAACAAUAUCAUCAGCAACUUGGGCCUUUCAAAGUUACUUGUUGCCAAACCUCACGAAAUUGCUGAAAAAAGGAAAGCAGAAGCAUUGAUGGGAGGGCUAAAUGAAGUUGCAAGUAGUCAUGACCCAGAGUUAGUUCAGAAUGGUCCAGGGGAGAAUGGUGUAGACGGUAAUCACAAGGUCACGAAUAAAAAGGGAAAGAAGAGAAAAUUCAAAGGUGGUAAAAAGCAGAAAAAUGUAAAAACAAAAAGUGGUAACCAGUUGCAAGAAAAUAAAAAGCAAAAAACAUUACCAUUAGAGGAGUCGAUAAAGUAAUACAAAAGCAGUAUGUAAGGUAGCAGAUUUUUAUAUGCCUUUAAUGUUUUGUUUGUCUGGUUGCUGCUGUACUUUAUUUUACCAAAAUUUAUGAAUAUAUUUUUAUUGUUGAAA